AUUCUUUGAUAGUAGUAGUAUAUUUAGAUGACAACAGAAUUGAAUGAAAAAACCUAACCUAUAUACUUUGAUUGUUACAAUUCAAAAUGACUGUCCUCUUGUCACGCGUUUCUUUAAACAUUUUGAAAAAAGAAUAUUUGUCGCACGUACGACCAGCUAUAUUUUUCAAUGCAGAUCAAUUAAAUCAAGUAAGAAGUAACCAUCUGUGUCAACGUGACAACAGGAUUAAUAAUAACAACAGAAGUGGAAAACAUUUGUUAACUUAUACGUUAGUCAUUUCGGGAAUCAGUUAUUUCUUGUACAAAAAAAGAAAUGAUUUGUACGAACGAUUCAGGGAGUUCAAUUUUGGAAUGCCCAUCGUCAGAUCUGCGACCAUUAUACCAAAUCUCGUGGAUUAUAGAGAGAGAUAUAAUUUUAUAGCAGACGUUGUUGCGGUAUCAGCACCUUCGGUAGUUUACAUAGAAAUAUCUGAUGAUAAAAAAUUAGAUAUGUUCACAGGAAGACCUAUCGCAACUAGUAACGGUUGUGGAUUUAUUGUCUCUUCCGAUGGUUUGAUAUUAACCAAUGCUCAUGUUGUCAUGAGAAGACGCAAUAGCAAAGUUAAGGUUCGCUUACAUGAUGGAACUGUAUAUAAUGGUGUAAUAGAGGACGUCGAUAUGCAAGGUGAUCUUGCAACUUUAAGAAUUAAUAAGAAAGAUUUACCGGUAAUGAAACUUGGUAAUUCGUCAGAUAUUAGACCUGGAGAGUUUGUAAUCGCCAUUGGUUCUCCUCUGUCGUUGAGUAACACGAUAACUAGUGGUGUAGUUAGUAGUACAAAUAGACCAAGCGAAGAACUCGGUCUCGACAGGAACAUAACCUAUAUUCAAACAGACGCUGCUAUUACUUUUGGAAAUUCUGGUGGUCCUUUAGUGAAUUUAAAUGGCGAAGCUAUUGGCAUUAAUGCCAUGAAAGUUACUGCGGGUAUUUCUUUUGCUAUUCCUAUAGAUUAUGCUAAAGAUUUCUUAAAGAAGGCAGAAAUUCGUAGAAAGAACAAAGGUAAACUUCCCGAUCAGGUAGAAACACACAAAAGAAGAUAUAUGGGUAUAACGAUGUUAACCAUUUCACCCGAUAUUAUCUUUGAAUUACAACACAAAAGAGGUUAUUCUUUAGACAUGAUCAAACAUGGCGUAUUUGUUUGGAGAGUAAUAACCGGUUCUCCCGCUUAUAGAAGUGGAAUACAAGCUGGUGAUAUAAUUACACACGUCAACGGUGAACCAGUAUUUGCCGCUGUCAAUAUAUACAAAGCAUUAGAAAGCAGUGGUUCAUUGCAAUUGACGGUAGUUAGACACAGGGAUGUUAUCAAUGUAACUGUUGAUCCAGAAGACUGAAUUAUUAAUAUAAAAUAAAUUUAUCAUAAUAAAUACAUUUGGCAUGAUACCUCGAUUAAAUACAAAAAA